AUGUCACUUGUAGCAGUACCUUUCUAUCAAAAGAGACACAAACACUUUGACCAGUCAUAUCGCAAUAUUCAAACAAGGUAUCUUCUGGAUGAAUAUGCAAAGAAAAAGCGUGCUUCAACUCAGUCAUCCUCUCAAAAGUCCUUUACUCAGAAAUCAUCUUCCCAAAGAGCAUCCAGCCAGACAUCUUCUGGAGGAACAGUUUGCAGGCUUUGUGCAAAAAGGGUAAGCACUUCAUCUGAAGAGGAAGAACACGAAAAAAAGAGAAGGUACCAUUCACUGUUGGCAUCUUAUGGAGAAGCAAAGCGGGAGCGUUUUCUUAGUGAACUUGCUCAGUCAGAAGAAAAUGUUCACCUAGCACGUUCACUUGCUCAAGAAAAGUUGGACAAAUAUGCUCUUCAACAAAUGGUGGAGGAUAAACUGGCAUGGGAAAGGCAUACAUUUGAAGAACGGAUCAAUAGAGCCCCUGAAAUUUUGGUGAGACUGAGGUCGCAUACUGUUUGGGAAAAGAUGUCUGUGAAACUUUGUUUUACUGUCCAAGGAUUUCCUACACCUGUGGUACAAUGGUAUAAAGAUGGUAGCUUGAUUUGCCAAGCGGGUGAACCAGGAAAGUAUCGAAUUGAGAGCAAGUAUGGCGUGCACACACUGGAGAUAAACAGGGCAAAUUUUGAUGAUACUGCAACAUACACAGCAGUGGCAACUAAUGUUCACGGACAAGUAUCAACCAACGCUGCGGUGGUGGUGAGAAGGUUUAGAGGAGAUGAGGAGCCAUUCUACUCUGUGGGACUACCAAUUGGAUUGCCCUUAUCAUCCGUGAUUCCAUAUACUCACUUUGAUGUUCAGUUUUUGGAGAAAUUUGGGGUCACCUUUAGGAGAGAAGGUGAAACUCUUACUCUCAAGUGUACUCUGUUGGUUACGCCAGACCUGAAAAGAGUGCAGCCACGAGCUGAAUGGUACCGAGACAAUGUACUAUUGAAAGAAUCGAAGUGGACAAAGAUGUUCUUUGGAGAAGGUCAGGCCUCCUUGUCAUUCAGCCACCUGAAUAAGGAUGAUGAAGGCCUCUAUACCUUGAGAAUUAUUUCAAGAGGAGGUGUGAGUGACCACAGUGCCUUCCUGUUUGUUAGAGAUGCUGACCCAUUAGUCACAGGAGCUCCUGGAGCUCCCAUGGAUUUGAAAUGCCAUGACGCGAACCGAGAUUAUGUCAUCGUGACCUGGAAGCCACCAAACACAACCACCGAGAGUCCUGUCAUUGGUUAUUUUAUUGAUAGGUGUGAAGUUGGAACUGAUAAUUGGGUUCAGUGCAAUGAUGCACCAGUAAAAAUCUGCAAAUACCCAGUAACUGGACUUUUUGAAGGAAGAUCUUACAUAUUUCGGGUGCGGGCGGUCAAUAAUGCAGGCAUUAGCAGACCUUCUAGGGUCUCUGAAGCUGUGGCUGCUCUUGACCCUGUUGACCUCAAAAGAUUACAAGCAAUUCAUUUGGAGGGAGAUAAAGAAAUUGUAAUGUAUCAUGAUGACCUUGAAGGCGAUGUUCAGAUUCCAGCACCUCCCACCAAUGUACAUGCUUCAGAAAUCAGCAAAACAUAUGUUGUCCUCAGCUGGGAUCCACCUGCUCCCCGUGGCAAGGAGCCCUUAAUGUAUUUCAUUGAGAAGUCUGUGGUUGGGAGUGGUAGCUGGCAGCGGGUCAAUGCCCAGAUGGCUGUGAGAUCUCCUCGGUAUGCAGUAUUUGAUCUUGCUGAUGGGAAGACUUAUGUGUUCCGAGUUUUGUCAGCAAAUAAGCAUGGCCUAAGUGACCCAUCAGAAAUAACUUCUCCCAUUCAAGCACAGGACACAAUUGUUAUUCCUUCUGCUCCUGGUCGGGUACUUGCCUCAAGAAAUACUAAGACAUCAGUUGUGGUGCAAUGGGACAGACCAAAACAUGAAGAGGACCUAUUGGGUUACUAUGUGGACUGUUGCAUGGUAGGAACCAACAAUUGGGAACCAUGCAAUCACAAGCCCAUUGAUUAUAACAGGUUCGUUGUACAUGGCUUAACUACUGGUGAGCAAUACAUCUUCCGAGUUAAAGCUGUUAAUGCUGUUGGGACAAGUGAAAAUUCACAGGAGUCUGACAUCAUAAAAGUCCAGGCUGCCCUCACUGUUCCAUCUCAUCCAUAUGGGAUUACACUGCUCAACUGUGAUGGUCAUUCUAUGACUCUCGGUUGGAAGGUGCCAAAGUUCAGUGGUGGUGCAGCAAUCCUUGGGUAUUUUAUAGAUAAGCGUGAAGCACAUCAUAAAAAUUGGCAUGAGGUCAAUUCUUCACCUGUUAAAGAGAGAAUCUUUAUGGUGGACGGCUUGACAGAAGGCUCAUUAUAUGAAUUCAAAAUUGCUGCAACCAACCUGGUUGGGAUAGGGCAGCCGUCAGAUCCCAGUGAGCACUUCAAGUGUGAAGCUUGGACCAUGCCAGAGCCUGGUCCACCCUAUGAUUUGACAUUUUGUGAGGUCAGGAAUACAUCACUGGUCAUGCUCUGGAAAGCCCCAGUAUAUUCUGGCAAUAGUCCUAUUUCUGGAUACUUUGUGGAUUAUAAAGAAGAAGAUACUGGAGAAUGGAUCACAGUAAAUGAGAAGACAAUUGCAAAUCGUUAUUUAAAGGUCUGUGACCUACACCAAGGGAAAACCUAUGUCUUCAGAGUCCGCGCAGUGAAUGCAAGUGGAGUGGGGAGGCCGUCAGACACCUCUGAACCAGUGCUUGUAGAGGCUAGACCAGGCACAAAAGAAAUCAGUGCUGGUGUAGAUGAAGAAGGCAAUAUCUACCUAAGCUUUGACUGCCAAGAAAUGACAGAUGCAUCUCACUUUACUUGGUGUAAAUCUUAUGAGGAUAUUACAGAUACUGAGAAGUUUAAAAUCGACACUGUUGGAGAUCAUUCAAAAUUGUACUUUAAGAAUCCAGAUAAAAUGGAUGUAGGGACUUACUCCGUGUCUGUAAGUGAUACAGAUGGUGUGUCCUCCAGUUUUGCUUUGGAUGAAGAAGAGCUUGAACGUCUGAUGGCGCUAAGCAAUGAAAUAAAAAAUCCAACAAUUCCUCUGAAAUCAGAAUUAGCUUAUGAGAUUUUUGAUAAGGGCCAGGUUCGUUUCUGGCUCCAGGCUGAGCACUUAUCACCAGAUGCCAGCUACAGAUUUAUUAUUAAUGAUAGAGAAGUCUCCAACAGUGAGACACACAGAAUUAAAUGUGAUAAAUCAACUGGCAUUAUAGAAAUGGUAAUGGAUCGAUUUACUAUUGAAAAUGAAGGUACUUACACUGUUCAGAUUCAUGAUGGAAAAGCCAAAAAUCAAUCUUCUCUGGUUCUUAUUGGAGAUGCAUUCAAGGCUGCCCUAGAGGAGGCUGAAUUUUACAGAAAAGAAUUUCUCAGGAAACAAGGUCCUCAUUUUGCUGAGUAUUUGCACUGGGAUGUUACAGAAGAAUGUGAAGUUCGACUUCUGUGUAAGGUUGCAAAUACCAAGAAGGAAACAGUUUUCAAAUGGCUAAAGGAUGACAUUUUGUAUGAAACAGAAACAUUGCCUGAUCUGGAGAAGGGGGUCUGUGAACUACUCAUACCAAAGUUGUCAAAGAAGGACCAAGGUGAAUACAAAGCAACUUUGAAAGAUGAAAGAGGUCAAGAUGUAUCUGUCCUUGAAAUAGCUGGCAAAGUGUACGAUGAUAUGAUUUUGGCAAUGAGUAGAGUCUGCGGAGCAUCUGCAUCUCCAUUAAAGAUACUCUGCACCCCUGAUGGCAUAAGACUUCAGUGUUUCAUGAAAUAUUUUACAGAAGAGAUGAAGGUGAACUGGUAUCAAAGAGAUGCUAAGAUUGCAUCUAGUGAGCAUAUGAGAAUUGGAGGGAGUGAAGAGAUGGCCUGGCUGCAGAUCUGUGAACCCACUGAGAAAGAUAAAGGAAAAUAUACUUUCGAGAUUUUUGAUGGCAAAGAUAAACAUCAACGUACACUUGACCUCUCUGGACAAGCUUUUGAUGAUGCAUAUGCAGAAUUCCAGCAAUUGAAGGCAGCUGCUUUUGCAGAGAAGAAUCGUGGAAAGGUGAUUGGUGGCUUACCUGAUGUGGUGACUAUAAUGGAAGGCAAGACUUUGAACCUGACCUGCACAGUGUUUGGAAAUCCUGACCCUGAAGUGGUUUGGUUCAAGAACGACAGGGACAUUGAGCUCAGUGAACACUUUACAGUCAAAGUGGAGCAGGCCAAAUAUGUCAGCAUGACCAUCAAAGGUGUCACUUCUGAGGAUUCAGGGAAGUACAGCCUCAAUGUCAAGAAUAAAUAUGGAGGUGAAAAAAUCGAUGUCACUGUCAGUGUGUACAAACAUGGUGAAAAGAUACCAGAAGUGACACCACCCCAGCAGGCUAAACCAAAGCUCAUACCAGCAUCUACCUCUGCAUGA